GUGAGAGAAAAAGUGCGUAGUGUGCAGUGUCUGGAGUUUAAACAAGUUCAUUAACUGUGCUUGCACUCUGGAAACCUCAGACAGAACCUAGACAGUUUCUACUGUGAGGUUAUUAGCAACCGGUGUCGGCAUAUUUAAAUUUGAAACAAGUUGAAAUAUAUCAGUGACUUUAAAAAAGUCAGGAUUAUUUCAUUUGAAAUAUUUUCUAUUGAAAGGACUAAACUUAAAAGAAAAUGAAACAUCUCUUUGUACUUAUAUUCGUUUUGGUAGCUGUGCUGUUUAAAACAGUUCUCUCCCAGGGAAUCAAAUGCUCGAGCGGCCUUAAACGCUGCGACUGGGAAAACUGGAGCACGUGGUCCUCGUGCAGUAAAUCAUGUGGAAACGGCACGCAGACCAGGUCACGUGGUUUAUGCUGCUUUGAGAAGGACACAUUUGAUGAAUGCCUUACAAGCUGUGGUAUCAAAGACGAAUCAUUGGACUCGAAAAAUUGUGGCGCAGUCUGCCCGGCAGGUAACUGUACCUUUGAAAAACUUAAUGACACCGGUAUAGAGGCGACAGACUACCAAAAGUUAUAUGGAGACAAACCAGGACUUGUUAUCAAUCCACCAUUGCAUCUUCUCAGCACAGAAAAAUUUUGUGCACUGUCAUGUCGGGAGGCCAAUUUGCAGAAUGGGAUGUUUUGCUGGACAUACACUUUCAGUGAAAAGGACAAGUGUUAUCUGCACUUCUACUCGAAACCCUUGUCUCUCGCACAUCCAGAACUUCAAGGCCAGUCGAAGGGCGAGUCUGUCUACUUAAGAAAGUGUACUGACACUGUGGAAUGUCAAGCUACAAACGCCGACAUCGUGUUCAUCGUGGAUUCCUCGGGAAGUAUUGGUACAGAGAACUUUCAGAAAAUGAAAGUGUUCCUACAGAAUCUAGUCAACGGAUUGGACAUUGACCAGGACCUGGCGAGGGUGGGCCUUCUAGUGUUCAAUGAUAAAAUGAGGUGGGAGUUCAAGAUAGGAGAUCUUAACAAUAAAUUAGAUGUACUCAAGGCGAUCCAACGUAUCCAAUACGUCGUCGGCGGUACCUUAACGUCGGAUGCUCUGGAAAAAGUCCGGCUUGAGGGAUUUACCGCAAAUAGGACUGGGGUACCAAUGAUUGCCGUGGUGGUCACAGACGGGUUGUCACGCUAUCCGCCACUUACAAGGUUCCAAGCCAGUCUGCUGCGGAAAGAGAACGUACUGGUAUAUGCUAUAGGUGUUGGUAACAGCACAAACCAGAACGAGAUCUAUAACAUGGCUAGCAUUCCGGAGGAAAAAUACAUGUAUGAAUUCAGUAGUUUUGACAACCUGGACGCAAAUAACGUCUCACUGGCCGUGAAUUACGUAAAAUGCAAAGAGAAAUUUGCCACCACACCGCCCUCAACGGAAGUGACCACUGUUGCGAACAACUGUACAGACCUGGAACCAAACUGUGCAGGUUACGGCAAGGACGCGUGUACCGAUUAUAAACCAUGGGCUCAAUCGCAUUGUGCACUUUAUUGUGGUUUCUGUCAAGGCCCGUCAACAUCUCCAGAGCCAUGUUUUGAUGUACUGCCAAAUUGCGAUACGUACGGACAAUAUUACUGCGAGAAUAAAGAGUUUGUCAGCUGGGUGAAUAAGAACUGUCGGAAGUUUUGCGGUAUCUGCACGGCUCCAGGAUCUUCUACAGUUACAACACAACCGACUAUCGCCACGACAACAGUGCGAAUAUGCCAAGACACGGUCGACAACUGUGCGGGAUACUUAAAUUCCUGUAAUGACGAUAAAUACCGAGGAUUUCUGAAUGAACGUUGCCCAGCAUCCUGCGGUUACUGCCAGUCUCACCAGACUAUCAAUGGUACCACUGUGAAUGGCGUGAAGUGCCCAGACUGGUAUAUUCCAACGGAAUGUUACAUGGAGAACGUGUCCCCGGGCUGCUGCCCAAUACCUAAAUGUCCCGAUUCUACCUACGUCUUCACAGCUGACAAGGAGAAAUAACUGCAGAGCCCAGUAGACCACAAAUUUAAAGAGACAGUUACAAAUUCAACAUUUAUUACUAAAUUUCAAUGACA